CGCAUCUGCAGAGCAUGAGCUGCAGGUCUUGAGCUGCUGUCUUUUUUGGUUUUCUUUGGCUCGCUGGUCCUUCGCCCAACAGCACUUCUUACGAUGCUGUUGGACCUUCUCUGCCUGUGACGGAGCCUCCCUCUAGUUCGCAUCGCGGCGACCGCCUUGCCUCCACGAUCCGCGAAUCCUCUCUGAGCCGGCAAACAACACGUUCCUCCCCGUUUCAUAUGCGCCGUAAAUGAUCCUUAGCCACAAUGUUCCAGCUCUCCUCCCUCGUUCAGAAGGCCCAGUCGCUCGUAGACGCUGCAAACUUCGGCUUUGCCUCGACUGGCAGUUCUGACCGCAAUCCCUCAAAGGGAUCCCUGUUCCGCCAACAGUUCCGUCUUCCAGACUCCCAGAACCCGCUGCAGGAGAUCACGGCCGAACUCGUCCUACCCGUGCCCUACUCCUCCUCCUCCGCCUCGUCCAUUUCUAGCGCUACGCAGGGCGAACGGUCCCGAGACGCGGGGCGAGUGGGAAAUACGUACCCGGGUAACCUACACCUGAGCGAACGAUUCUUGUGCUUCUCUACGCAGCCUACGAGUUUCUUGCCAUCUGCAAGUUUUGGCGCGUCGUCGGCGUUUACAGGACAAACACACGGGACUGGUCCGUCGGGGAAUGGGUUUACUCUGCCGCUCUGUUCGAUCCGGAGAGUAGAGCGGCUGAAUAGCCUUAGCCAUGUGUUUUCCCUGGCGUUGACGACGUGGAAUGGUGCGUUGGUCAAAGGGAGUGGUAAAGACGCGCAGACGACACCACAGAGGUUCACGCUCCACCUUGUUGGUAGUCGGCAGGCCUGCGAACGGUUUUGCAACGGGCUGAAAAAGGGAUUGAGAGAGAGUAUGAAGGAAGUCGAUAGUCUCCGAAAUGUCGUUUCAGAAUGUCAUUCUGAAUAUAUUUUUUUGGCUGGAAGAACAGGAAAGCACAGGGACGAGGCCGAUCCCGACGUUCCACCGAGAGAGCCUCCUGAUACGGGGCUGGGGUUGGUGUUUAGAUACCCCGGUGAUGCUCGAAAAUUAAGAGAUAGAAGUAAGAUGAGGUUAUGGGGAGAGUACUUUAGAGAAAACGGUCGCAAUGCGACAAUAAUACGACAACCUACCUUCCACAAGCUUAUUCGCGUGGGCCUCCCGAAUCGACUUCGCGGCGAGAUCUGGGAAAUUACUUCCGGUUCGUUCUAUAUGCGACUCAGGUCACCAAAUCUAUACGAAGAGACCCUUUCCAAGUUUUCUGGGCGCGAAUCUCUCGCAAUUGAUGAGAUCGAGAAAGAUCUAAACCGAAGUUUGCCUGAAUAUCCUGGGUUCCAGAGCGAAGAAGGCAUCGGGAGGUUACGACGGGUUUUGACCGCAUACAGUUGGAUAAAUGAAGAAGUCGGAUAUUGUCAGGCCAUGAAUAUCGUCGUUGCAGCCCUGUUAAUCUAUAUGUCCGAGGCACAGGCGUUUUUCCUUUUGUCGGUGUUAUGUGAUCGCCUACUACCAGGUUAUUAUUCUACGACUAUGUACGGAACAUUAUUGGACCAGAAAGUGUUCGAGUCUCUUGUUGAAAAGACAAUGCCGAUUCUUUGGGAGCAUUUGGUGCGGUCAGAUGUUCAGCUCUCUGUCGUGUCUCUUCCAUGGUUUCUAUCCUUGUAUAUCAAUUCGAUGCCCCUUGUAUUUGCAUUUCGUGUAUUGGAUGUCUUUUUCCUCGAAGGCCCAAAGGUUUUGUUCCAGGUUGGCCUUGCCAUCCUACGCAUCAACGGAGAGGAGCUGCUGGAUGUCACCGACGAUGGGACAUUUAUCUCUAUCCUUAAAUCCUACUUUUCUCGUUUAGACGAAUCUGCUCACCCACGAUCCGAAAAUCCAAAGCUGCGCGCCAUCACUCGCUUCCAAGAGCUUAUGGUAGUGGCUUUUAAGGAGUUCUCUGCAAUUACCCACUCGACCAUCGUCGAAGAACGAGCGAGACACAAAAAUGCAGUUCUCGACAGCAUCGAAGGUUUUGCGAAGAGAACUUCAAUUCGAAAUCUUGGUCCAGAAAGCAAGAAGCUGAGCGUUGACGACCUUGGCGCCAUCUACGAUCGCUUUUACGAAGUUUUAUACGAUAGACAGCAGCGAAUGAGGCUUAUAGAAGAGGAGAAAAAACGUAAAGACCGAGAACACAGGAAAAGCGCUGCUCGUUAUUCAGUCUUAGCAACGACUGUGGAAGCUCAGGUCGGCCGCGUUGGGCUUGGACCAAGCCCUACUCACAUGGAUUAUGAUGGUUUCCGUGAAUUUUUGGCUACUACGGCGAGAUGGGCGGUUGCGGACUCGCCGCGGUCAUCAAUGAGGGAGUCGACCUCGGAUUCAUAUCGCAGUUCUAGCAUACGAGGCAGCAAGUCCCUUGACGGAAACUAUCCUGAACCUAUCGAUCACGACUUUAUUCAACGUCUUUAUCGUAAGUGGCAAGUGGAUAAAAACGAAGGGCUAAGCCUACAAAAUGUUGUCAAUGGCUUGGCUCGCAUAAAGGGAACUCGGGAUAUUUUGAGCACGAUCAAUUACUUCUUCGAUCUUUAUGAUGACGAUGGCACUGGACAGGUAGAUAGAGAGGGCAUUCUACGGAUGUCAGAGGCACUUUUGUUCCUCUCUCGGCGGGGUUUUGAAGGCACCGUGAACCCUACCCAGGCUGAGGACUCAGAUCAAUUGUUGAUUCGAAUGAAAACAAACUUGACCCCUGAAGAAAGGUUUUUGGGAAGCGUCAGUGAUUUUAUCCAGAGGUGCUUUGAAUACGCCGACCCAAGUCAUCCUCACAACAAAGAUAACCUCAUCACCGACAGCGUCGCGGAAACGGCAAACCAACUUGAUUCUUUUGCCAUCGGUGAUGAUGACGACGAUGAUUUACUAGAUCUUAAUGACGACAAUAAAGACGAAUCUCCCGCUCCGGCCACCUCAGGCGAUACAUCUCCUCCGCCAAAGCCUGCCGUUGCUUCUCAGAACACCCCAACUUCUCCCUCAAAACGCGCCUCAGAGGCAGCGAACAUCGCCCUUGACCCAGCCCAUCCACUCCACAUCACCCUCCCGACGUUCCGCAUGGUAAUUCUUGCAGAUGAACUCCUGGAACAAUUCUUCGAAAACUUCUUCCCUCGUUCAUUCCACCUCUCCGACCGCCCAGCCACAGCACCCCGCUCAGCAUCCCUCUCUUCGAACCUCACCACCUUCGCCAAUCUAGGCUCGCCACGCGCUGCAGCCUCUCAGCCUGCCAGUGCCGCCACUGUCGCAGGCGCCUCCGGUGGCAUUGUACCACCAGGCCACAAAGGACUGCGUGGUGUUCUAGAUAAUAUUGUCUCAGACGGAAUGCGCGUGGCUGCUGAGGUGAAGAAGCGGAUGGACGAAGCGCAGCGUGAAAUGGAGCGAAAUGCGCUCAAUCGAAGCACGGAAGAUGACGAGGACGAGGAGGAUGAGGAUGGUGUGGGGUAUGACGAGCGAAGAAGGGAUAAUAGAUCUGCGCAGGUGGCGAGGGAGAGAGAUAGAGAUCUUCUCGAAGGUGCGGAGGUUAUGAGCGUGAGGGAGAGAGACGAAGGGAGCAAAUAUGAGAAGGAAAGGCUGCUGUCGUCCUCCUUAUCGCCAGCCGCCGGGGAUACUGGGAAAAUAGGGACAACCGGAACCGUGGGCAAGGUUGAGUUUGAAUCCUAGAGAGAUACCUAUCGCGUGAUUGGCUGUAUUGUAUGUUGGGGUUUUGGUUGCCUUUGCAGGGCGUUUCACUGCUUCGGGGUGCCGGUUGAUCUUGGGGAGCUGUACAUUUGGAACCCCCAGUGUACGUAUCAAGUACCGAUAAUCGGUGAUGACAUUUAUGAACAGGUAUCUACAAAGAUGUAGGUCUUAAAACCAUAUAGGAUAGGACUAGAAUUUUGAACAUCAUAUUUGAAAUGACAAUUCCAUUCAUAUCUAUGAAAA